AUGUCAAAAGUGCUAAGCAGUGUGGUGGCUGGUACCCCAGCUUCGUCCUCUUCUGAAACAGCUUGUCCGUCGUCCUCCGACUCCCAGAAUACCGGUAAGCAGUCCAUGGCACUAUUCAGCGGAGCUGUUAUUCAAGGUGGUAAUUUUUCCAUUCAUAUCAACUCAGUAAAUCAGUCUCCGACGCUUACCACAGAUCCGUCAAGUCCCGAAGCGGCGAGAUGGAAACGUCUGAGGCCUUUAGAACUGGAAAGUGACUCUGAUGAUAACUGGAUAUUGACUUUCUUUACAUGA